CAGAGCUAAAACAUUAAAAUAAAAAAAUGGAUACUGAGGAAACUCCUAGCUUUAACUUCUGCUACAUCAUGAGAGGUGUACCUGGUUCAGGCAAGUCCACUGUAGCUCAUAAACUAUGCGGUGAGAAUGGAGUCAUUCACUCUACAGACAACUACUUUGUGAACGAAGAAGGAGUCUAUGAAUUCGAUCCAUCUAAGAUCAAAGAGUAUCAUGGUCAAAAUUAUAAAGAUUUUAAGAAAUCUAUUGAUGACAAAGUAGAAACCGUAGUAGUAGAUAACACCAAUGUUCAAGAAUUUGAAUAUAAGAAAUAUGUAGAGUACGCCACUGAGAACGGAUAUGUGGUUAGCUAUGUGACCCUUCCAUUCCCAGACCCAGAAGUAGCAGCCGAAAGGAACUCUCAUGGGGUCCCACUGGAAGCCAUCCAGAGAAUGAUGAAGAAAUGGAGGAGAAUUUAGCUUAAUUUCUAACUAAACGUAUCACAAACUUUAAGAAUUGAGCCA